UGAAGGCUCUCACUCAUCGAGGAGGAGGAAUUGUACCGACUGCUAUCAAGGACACGAUGAACAACUCUUGCAUCAGCUUUGACUUUACAGGAAAAUUCCUGCCACCUGUCUACAUUUUAGUAUUCAUCACUGGCAUGGUGGCUAACGGACUGGGAUUGAGGUCGGUGCUGCAGAAAUGGGAGAAACUGGGGAAUGUCUCUGUUUUCAUUUUCAACCUUGGACUUGCAGACAUUUUGUAUUUGCUCACACUCCCUUUUCUGAUGGUGUACUACUUCAAGGGUGAUCAGUGGAUCUUUGGAGAAGCCUUUUGCAAGACAACAAGAUUCUUCUUCAACCUGAAUUUAUACGGCAGCAUUGGAUUCCUCACCUGUAUCAGUGUGUACAGGUACUUGGCUAUUGUCCAUCCAAUGAGGAUGAUGGGGAGAAUAACUGUGACUCAUUCUGUGGCUAUCUCAGUCAUGGUCUGGCUGUUGGUGAGUGUUCAAAGUCUUCCAGACAUGUUCGUCCCCAAAUCACCCAUAAACAAUACUAAGAAGUGUUUUGAUACCACCUCUGAAAAGUACAUUGAAGAUUAUCUGAAAUACAGUUUGGGAUGGACACUCACUGGAUUUUGCAUCCCCCUGUUCAUCACCCUCAGCUGCUAUGGACAUAUGAUUGCUGUUCUCUGCCACAAUGAUAACAUUGAUGAAGUACUGAAACAAAGAAGCUUAAAGUUGUUAUUCAUCUUGAUUCUUCUGUUCUCUGUUUGUUACAUCCCCUAUCAUAUAUUAAAAAAUCUCAACCUCUUGUCAAGACUAAGCGUAAUCAAGGGGACAUGUCAUAAAUGGUCUAAUGGAGUCUAUAUUGGUCAUCAGAUAAGCCGUGGCCUUGUGUGUCUGAACAGUGCGCUCAAUCCUCUAGUUUACCUGCAUGUAAGUGAAGAUGUUUGUUCUCAGCUCAGACAGCUACUCCAACAAGCUCGCCAAGCUGUCACUAGUCUGUACACCUCUAACCUCACGGAUACUUGAAAUGUGCCGAUGAACAUGAGGAGUACGCCUCAUCUGAGACUCAUCUGAGACUUUUGUAAGAAACACAAAAAUGUUGCUUUUUACUAAAAAGCAAAAAUAAUACUUAAAAAAUACUUGAAAGACGAGUUAUUGCAUUUGUGAUGUAGUUGCAUGGUGUCAUGCAUGGGAGGUUUGCAGCUUGAAUGUGUGAAAACAAACAGGAUAUGAUGCUGCAUGCUUCACUGCUGAUAGAAGGUUAAUGUUAACAGCAUAUCACAUGUAUGUACACACGCUGAAAGUCAAUUUUGAUUAUGUUGUAUAUACUGUAUAUCUAUACUUUGAGCAUUUGAAUUCAAGCCUCCUCAUUGUUGUUCUGCUGUCUAACUAUAAUUAAAUGAUUUUUAUUCAGAUUUCCCUUAUUUUUGAUAGUAAGUGCAUAGUGGAUGCUUUCUGUCUUUUUAUUUAUUUUUCAGUAAAAUAAACUGUUUUG